UGGAGCCUCUGCUGCUGCCCACAGCUUGGAGGAGGGCAGGGCGAGGGCUGGGACAGGCUGCCCCGGUGGCACGCUGGCUCUCAGGAGCCUCCGAGCUGGAGCCGCUGAGCUGGAGCUGUGGUUCCAGCUGCUGGCUCCCUGCCCAUCCUGCCACGCCACUCAGCACCGUGCUGCAGGCAGGGCAGGCUCCGGGAGUGCUGGCCCGGCUGUCUCCAUUGACACGCUCUUGCUCCGUUUUCCUUUUCAGAAGGAGGGAACAGCAGCAGCAGCAGCAGCAGGAGGAGGAGGAUGGGGCUGCCCUGGCCCUUUGCUCUGCGGAGGACCCCGGCCGCUGCCCAGGCGCCAGAGCAGGCAGGCUCUGGCUGCCGCGGGGUGCUCUUUGGACAGCCCCUGGCAGCCCUCUGCGGGGAGGACGGCUCCCUGCCCCAGCCCAUCCAGGAGAUGCUGGCUGUCCUGCACAAGGAAGGACCGUCGACAGAAGGGGUAUUCCGAAGAGCUGCCAGCGGGACAGAGUUUCGUGAGCUGCGGGAGGCCCUGGACCAUGGUGCGGAUGUCGACCUGGGCAGCCAGCCUGCACUGCUGCUGGCCGUCAUCUUGAAGGACUUCCUCCGAAGCAUCCCUGCCAAGCUCCUCGUGACAGACCUCUACGAGGACUGGAUGGCAGCAAUGCAGAAGAGCGGCAAGGAGGAGAAGGUUGAAGAGCUGAAAGCGGUGGCCGAGAAGUUGCCUGGAGCCAAUCUCCUCCUCCUCAAGCGGCUGCUGGCCCUCCUCCAGCACAUCGGCCACAACGCCUCCAGCAGCAGAAUGACCGCUGGCAACCUGGCCAUCUGCCUUGGGCCAAAUCUGCUGAGCCCACCUAACGAGGACCUGCUCCCCCUCGAGGCCAUGCUGGCAGUGACUGAGAAGGUGAACGUGCUGGUGGCGUUUCUCAUUGAAUACUGCGGUGACAUCUUUGUGGAGGAGAUGGCUGGCCACUCCUGUCCAUCAGCCGGGGAGUCGCCAGCACCCAUGGACAGCGCCGCAGACCUGCAUUUGGAAGAGCAAAGUGGCCCUGCAGGCAGAGCAGACAGGGACCACCAGGCAGAAGCCUUGCUGCACGCACCACCCGCCUCUCUGCUGGACGUCCUCAAAGAAGCUGGGGGAGACGCGGUGGCGGAGUCCGAAACGGCAGAGGCACCCGUUGCUUUGGCUCCAACCACCCUGGGGACCACAGUAGACUCCCUGGGAUGCACAGAAGGACUAAAGAGCGUUUCAGAGGAAAGAAGGUUUUUAGGCUCCCCACAGGAAAAGGAAAACCAAAAGAAAAGAAAGAGAAAACAGGCCUGGGCAGAGGAGAGGGAAUGCCAAUGAGAAAAGAAAAGAAGGAAGAGAGAAAGAGAUGGGGACUUAAAAGAAGCAGGAAGGUCCAGCAGGUCAAGAAGCCCAGGUGUGUACCAGGCUCUGCUUCCCAUCUUUCCCAACUCUCAGCACUGCUCCAAGUCAGUCCGACCCGCUGGCAAGGGACGGUGCUGCGCAGGGCUUGGAAAUAACUCCGUG